AUGUCUACUUUGACAAAAGCAAUGUCCAAGUUCCGUCUGGCUGUGGUCCAGCUGCAGGUGUCCAGCGUCAAGGCGGACAACCUGAGCAGCCGCAGACUGGUGAAGGAGGCUGCGGGACAAGGCAGCAAGGUGGUGCUGGCUGCCGAAUGCUUCAAUUCUCCAUAUGGAACCGGCUUCUUCUCUACAUACGCUGAGAGGAUCCCAGGAGAGUCCACUCAGGUGCUGUCAGAGGCUGCCAAGGAGAACAAGGUGUAUCUAGUUGGAGGAUCCAUCCCUGAAGAGGACGGUGGGAAGUUGUAUAACAGCUGCACAGUGUUUGGGCCUGACGGAGAGCUGCUUCUGAAACACAGAAAGAUUCACCUCUUUGACAUCGACGUUCCAGGGAAAAUCCGCUUCCAGGAGUCUGAGACGCUGAGCCCAGGCAACAGUUUGUCAAUGUUCGAAACACCGUUCUGUAAAGUGGGCGUGGGGAUCUGCUACGACAUGAGGUUUGCAGAGCUCGCGCAGCUCUAUAGCAGGAAAGGCUGUCAGCUGCUGGUCUACCCUGGAGCCUUCAACAUGACCACUGGUCCAGCCCACUGGGAGCUCCUUCAGAGGGGGAGGGCGCUUGAUAACCAAGUGUAUGUGGCCACAGCGUCUCCUGCCAGAGAUGAAACUGCUUCAUAUGUCGCCUGGGGUCACAGCACUGUUGUUAACCCAUGGGGAGAAGUUAUCUCAAAGGCUGGACCAGAGGAGGCCGUGAUUUAUGCUGAUAUCGACCUGCAGUAUUUAGCCGACAUCCGUCAGCAGAUCCCAAUCACAGCUCAGCGCCGUGAUGACAUCUACACGGUGACAUCUGCGCAGGAAGGAUCGAGCUGAACGCUGCGACCUUUAGAGAGAAGGUACGAAGGUACCGGCACAAACUAUGCAACGGAUCUCUGCUGCAACAGAGUCUUCUUCUCCCUGAAGCACAAGACUUAAUCGUCUCAAUUGUGGAAACGAGCGGUGCAGUUUGGAUGCUCAGUAAUUCACUGGUGCCAACAUGUUUUGGGCUCCAUAACGUUCUUAAGACACUGUAACUGUAAAAUGAGUUGUUGAUCAAUAGAAAAUGGAUGACAAAUUUGAUAAGCUGUUAAUUGUUUACCUUAUUCAUCAAUUAAAAAUAAACAUUUGCUGCUUAGAGCCUCUCUGAUCAUCAUCAGUUUCAUAUUAUUGGAACAUUUGGAGUUUCAUGAUGAAAUGUUUUUUUUUCUUGUUUUUUGCCUUAUGAAAGAUUGUUUUGAUUGUGGCUCCGGACAUUUCAAAUGUAAAAAAUAUACAGUUCUUCAUUGUCAUAUUUUCAUCAUGAUGGAAAAACACUAACAGAUCUGUAAAAAAUUGAAAUAAAACAGCGCCAUGAAUGAA